AGAAAAAGCAGAUAUUCCAAAACCAAAACCGCCGUCACCCCGAUUGAGAAAACCAGCUUUCCACAAAUCAGACACCACACACUUUCUCUCUCGCGAUUGAGAUUAAAGAUUGAAUCUUUCAUCUUCAAUUGAGGAGAGGGAGUGAAGUCCCACCGCAAAAAUGAGCGAAGACACCAAGAGGAACGCCACUGGAGCCGCGGCGGCGCCCUCCGUCGACGAUCGGAAGUCCUCAAUCGGAUCGAAUCCCACCAAGAAAGUCAUCAUCAAGAGCGCAGACAUGAAGGAUGACAUCCAGAAAGAAGCUAUUGACAUCGCAAUCGGCGCGUUUGAGAAGUUUAGUGUAGAGAAGGAUGUGGCAGAGCACAUAAAGAAGAUGUUCGACAAAAAAUACGGCCCAACUUGGCAUUGCAUCGUUGGCAAGAAUUUCGGUUCUUAUGUAACUCAUGAGACGCAUCACUUUGUCUACUUCUAUUUGGACACCAAAGCUGUACUCCUCUUCAAAUCUGGCUGAUCCGUGCAAUGACUUGAAUGGAGAGACGAAAAGUGACGAAUUGAAGAAGAUAAGAUGAUUAUGUCACAGCCGCCUCCUUGUUUUUUGUACGUAAUAUGAUUCAAUAUCUCUAUCUGUGGAGACUCCCUUGUUCUUGUAUAUUUCGUGUGCUGUGUUGACACUAAGGAGUAAGGUGUCGUUAGUUCCCACUGUUUGAUGUCCAUUUUUUCUGUUUGCUCGUUGUUCUUGAAGAUAAGAAUGGUAAAACAAAUUUAUAAGAAAUCUUUGCUUCUGUAUAGUA